UCAACCGAGGAAGGGUCUGGAGGUGAGAGCUGUUGGCGUGACACACCGAGGGCUUUGCAGGAUCAUGUUUACCUGUCGCCUGCCUUGGUGGAGAUCCAGUGCUACCUGCAAGCCCUGGCAGUCGGCUUGCUUUCUGCCUCGCAUCUGGGAGAGGUGCCAACCGCCGAGUCGUAAAGGAAUCAAUACAAGCGCGGGGCAGGGGCAACAGGUCGGCAUGCAGGAGAAACAAGUGUUAGAAGAUCUGGAGAAGCCCCUUGCAAGGAGAGAAACCGAGGCCCUCUUCCAAGAGCAGCCCCAGACUGGGAACCAGUAUUUGGAAGAUGCUUUGCUUCGGAGUUACUUGAAAACGCACCUUCCGCCCAAGGUACUGGAGGAGGUGAAUCAGGACCUGGAGAGGUUUGGAAACCAUCUGCUAACCAAGAUCAACUCUCUAGGAUGGGAAUGCGAGUUGAACCCCCCUGUGUUUCGGCAGUAUGAUGCUUGGGGGCAGCGAGUGGAUCACAUCGUCACCUGCUCGGCCUGGAGGAGGAUGAAAGAGAUUGCGGCGGAAGAGGGGCUGAUUGCUGAGGCCUAUGAGAGAAGAUACUCAAACUGGAGCCGUCUGCAUCAGGCUGUCAAACUGUACUUAUUUUCAAGCUCCUCUGGAGGUUUCAGCUGUCCGCUGGCCAUGACUGAUGGGGCAGCCAAAGUCAUUGAGUCACUAGGUAUUCCCGGAUCUCUGAAAAACGCUUUUGACCACCUGACAUCCCGUGACCCCAAGAAGUUCUGGACCUCUGGCCAGUGGAUGACCGAGCGCAGGGGAGGCUCUGAUGUUGCUAACGGCACUGAGACAGUGGCCAGAAGGCAGCCAGAUGGUACGUAUCGUCUCUAUGGUUUUAAAUGGUUUACAUCGGCUGCUGAUUCUGAUGUGACAUUAACCCUGGCCAGGGUAGCGGAUGCUGAAGGACAAGUAAAACAGGGUUCCAGUGGCCUGUCCCUGUUCUUCGUGAAGGUUCGAGAUGAGGAGGGGAAGCUGAACAGCAUCCAGGUGCAAAGGCUGAAAGACAAGUUGGGCACGCGGCAGAUGGCGACAGCAGAGCUAUGGCUGGAUGGAGCUAAAGCAGAGCUAAUCUCUGCAGAGGGUCGUGGAGUGGCCUCCAUCUCCAACAUGCUGAACAUAACUCGGAUCCACAAUGUCAUUGCUGCAGUUGCUUCCAUGAGAAGGAUGAUCAGUCUGAGCAGAGAGUACGCCCGUAGGCGGGUUGCCUUUGGGAAGCUCCUCAAGGACCAUCCCCUACACAUGCAGACGGUAGCCCAGAUGGAGGUGCAGACACGAGGGGCAUUUCUUCUGCUUAUGGAGACAGUUCGUCUGCUUGGACUUGCAGAAACCAACAUGGCGAGUGAGCAAGACCAGCUUCUCUUGAGGCUGCUGAUACCAGUCGCCAAACUGUACACUGGGAAGCAGGCUUCUGCUGUUGUUGUUGAGGCGAUGGAGAGUUUUGGAGGACAAGGUUACAUGGAGGAUACAGGCUUACCGGUCAUAGUCCGCGAUACUCUGGUGCUGUCCAUAUGGGAGGGAACAACAAACAUCCUGUCACUUGAUGUCCUGCGGUCCCUCACCAAGAGUCAAGGACAGGUGAUGGCUGUGUUCUUCUCCGCAGUGCAGAAAAAACUGGAGCUGGCUUCGAGCACUGCGAAACUGGAACCCGCCGUGAAGCAAACGCGGGAUGCCAUCAGCAGUCUCGCGCAGUUCAUGCAAGCAGCUGGUUCGAAGGGGGCGGAGACCAUGGAGCUAGCAGCAAGAGACUUCUCCUACACCCUGGCAAGGAUCUAUGCAGGAGCUCUUCUAAUUGAACAUGCAGCUCGGCCUGAUGCUUCCUCCACAGACAUCUCCGCUGCUCGAAGGUGGUGCAGCCAGGAGCUGUGCCCUGUGGCCACGGCGUUAGAGAACAGCAGAUACGAGGCUGAGGAAGCGCUCGCCGACAGCGCGCUGGUGUACGAGGGCAGCCCUGCCUGCGGCAGCAGGCUGUGACUCACCGGAGGCAACGGGGAAGCCCAACCCCCCCGGGGAAAGAGAAGUUGCUAAUAACAGGAGAAAACCAGUAACAGAACAAAGACAGUUGGAAUAUAUAGCUGCGAAGCACUACAGCAGCUGGGAUACCGUGUGGGAAGAGAGGAAGGGAGCCGUUUGCCGAGCACAAGUUGUCCAAUGUUUCCCUGAGGCCAAAGCCCGCAGACCCCGGAGGAUCCAAGCGAGCCCACGCUGCCGCCAGGGAGGAGCCGGGGAGCAGUCCCGUCCCGGGGGGACGUGGCGAGGAAGGCUCUGUGGGCUCGCUCCGUCCCAGCGCGGGGACCCCGGGGCUGAGCCAAGCGGAGCUUCCCUCAAAUCACACAAAUAGCGUUUGGCCAGACCCAGCGCCGGAGGGCUUUCCCCUGCAGCGCUUCUCUGGGUCCGUUAUGUGUGCA